CCGCCCAGAACAGCCACCCAAAUUACUUCCAACUCUCUCUUUCUCUCUCCAAAAUAUCUCCUAUCACAUUUCCCAUCCCAACAGGUAUACCCCUCCAUAUAUAAGAAUCCCUCAAAAAACAACAAUCACAGUAACCUUUCCUUUCUUUCUUUCCACCAUCAUCAUCAUCAUCAUCAUCAAUAACAAAAACAGUAACAUCAUCAUAAACACAUGAACCAAACCUCUCUCUCUUUCAAUCCAUAAAAACAUAUAACCCUAAACAAACACAACACAAUCAUGUCCCUUGAAGACUCACUAAGAUCUCUUUCUUUAGACUACUUAAACCUUCUCAUCAACGGACAAGCGUUCAGCGACGUUGUUUUCAGCGUCGAAGGACGUUUAGUCCACGCACACAGAUGCAUCUUAGCAGCAAGAAGUCUAUUCUUCAGAAAAUUCUUUUGUGGGCCAGACCCACCUUCUGGAUUAGACCCAUCAGGAAACCGAGUCAACCCAUCCGGUUCAGCUAGGUCUGGUGUUAUACCAGUUAACUCUGUUGGAUAUGAGGUUUUCUUGUUGAUGCUUCAGUUUCUGUACAGUGGACAAGUUUCUAUUGUUCCUCAGAAACAUGAACCUAGGCCUAAUUGUGGUGACCGUGGUUGUUGGCAUACACAUUGUACUUCAGCCGUUGAUCUUGCUCUUGAUACUCUUGCAGCCGCUAGAUACUUUGGAGUUGAACAGCUUGCAUUACUCACUCAGAAACAACUAGCGAGCAUGGUGGAAAAAGCCUCGAUUGAAGAUGUAAUGAAAGUGCUCCUAGCAUCAAGAAAACAAGACAUGCACCAGCUAUGGACCACAUGUUCCCACCUUGUAGCAAAAUCAGGUCUUCCUCCAGAAGUACUUGCAAAACAUCUCCCUAUUGAUAUCAUAGCCAAAAUCGAAGAGCUUCGCAUCAAAACCUCCUUAUCACGCCGCUCCUUAAUGCCUCACCACCAUCAUCCUCACCAUCACGAUCAUCUCACCGCUGCAGCCGACCUUGAAGACCAGAAAAUCCGUCGGAUGAGACGUGCCCUCGACUCCUCAGACGUUGAACUAGUGAAACUCAUGGUAAUGGGAGAAGGCCUAAACCUCGAUGAAGCAUUGGCAUUACCUUAUGCCGUUGAGAAUUGCAGUAGAGAAGUUGUGAAAGCCUUAUUGGAACUCGGUGCAGCCGAUGUUAACUUCCCGGCUGGUCCAACCGGUAAAACCCCGCUUCACAUUGCAGCGGAGAUGGUCUCACCGGAUAUGGUGGCUGUUUUGCUCGACCACCACGCUGACCCAAAUGUGAGAACAGUUGAUGGUGUUACACCAUUGGACAUUCUAAGAACCCUAACUUCGGAUUUUCUAUUCAAAGGUGCUGUCCCUGGAUUAACUCACAUUGAACCAAACAAACUAAGGUUGUGUUUGGAACUUGUUCAAUCUGCAGCUCUUGUUAUGUCGAGGGAAGAAGGAAAUAACAACAAUAGUAAUAAUAAUAAUAAUGCAACAGCUUCUUCAGCAACAAAUAUGUAUCCUCAUCAUAAUAUGAAUGAAGAUCACCACCAUAGCCACAACAACAAUAACAUGGAUUCAAGGUUGGUGUAUCUUAACCUUGGUGCUAAUACUCAAAUGAGUACUUCCAGAAUGGAUUCUGGUGAUGAUGAUAAUACUCACAGGGAAGCUAUCAACAACUCCAUGUAUCAUCAUCACUCUCAUGGUCAUGACUACUAAUCAAUCUACCUUUGAAUGCCUAUCAAAUACUAGUCACCAUUUGAAGUGCGGUUUCAUAGGAGGAUGGGAUAAGAGACAAGGAGAAUCUAAUUAUCAGUUCAAUUUUAUUUUUAUUUUUUGGAAUGAAAGGAUGCAUGGAGGAGACUUUAGGUCAAAAUUAAAUUUAUUUUCAGCUUCAUUCAUCUGUCAAAUUCUUAGUUUGUAUUUACUGAUCCGAAGCUAAUACCACGGCCUAUUUAUUGUCUUCCUUUUAUUAUUUCAA